UUUCAUACUACUAGUCUUUGGGGUUUUCAUCCUUUAUUCCUUCCCCCAGCUGUUAAUUUGCCUUCACCCAAGAUGAACUGAGAAUUCUUCAUGUUUAGCUGAAUUUUUCCCCCUCACAAUGGAUAGGCAGUGAAAUAGAGAAGAGGCUCUGUUUCAAUCUUUCCAGUUCCAGUUCACUGCAUAACAACUUAAUUGAGAUAUUGGAAAAAUGCAGUCAAAGAAGCAAGAGGAGUAUGAUUGUUUCUUGCAGUAUUUCUCAUUAGAUGGGAAUCACCUCACAACGGCUGAUUUGGUCAGUUUGGGAAAAGGCCUUUAUAAGAUUAAGCUGAGUGCUGAGGCGGAGGAGCGCGUGAUCAGGGCUAAAAAUGUUAUUGAGAAGAUACUAUCAGAAAAACAAGUUGUUUAUGGAGUUAAUACAGGCUUUGGAAAAUUUGCACAGACUGUCGUGGGGAAAGAUCAACUCAAGGAGCUGCAGGAAAAUCUUGUCCGCUCCACAAGUGCUGGGGUUGGACCCCCACUGAGUCCUGAAAGAACCCGGAUGCUUCUUGCUCUCAGGAUUAAUGCCUUAGCUAAAGGCCAUAGUGGCAUUUCCUUGGAGACACUUCAGAAAAUGGUGGCAGCCUUUAAUGCCUCCUGUCUCUCCUGGGUUCCUGAGCAAGGAACCGUAGGGGCGAGUGGAGACCUGGCCCCUCUCGCUCACCUGGCUCUGGGGCUGAUGGGAGAGGGACGCAUGUGGUCACCACAGACCGGCUGGACUGAUGCCAUGACUGUACUAGACGGACACGGUCUGACCCCAAUAUCCCUGAAACCCAAAGAGGGACUUUCUCUGAUUAACGGGACGCAGAUGAUCUCAUCACUGGGUGCUGAGGCAGUAGAGAGAGCAGAAGCGAUCAGUCGGCAGGCUGAUGUCAUCGCUGCUCUCACUUUAGAGACCCUGAAGGGAACCAAUAAAGCUUUCGAUAUUGAUGUCCAUGCGGUGCGGCCUCACCCGGGUCAGAUUUUAGUUGCCCAGAGAUUUCGCUCCUUGCUUCAUUCGGACUUCUUUCCUUCAGAAAUCGCAGACGAGAAGUCUUAUCAAGGUGUUCAGGAUGCCUAUACACUUCGAUGCUGCCCGCAGGUGCAUGGAGUAGCUAAUGACACGAUUGCUUUCGUGAAGAAUAUUCUUAACACUGAGCUAAACAGUGCCACCGACAAUCCUCUGGUUUUCCCAGAGCGAGGAAUCACCAUAUCAGCGGGAAACUUCCACGGAGAAUAUCCUGCUAAGGCUCUGGACUUCCUGGCUAUAGGAGUGCACGAGUUGGGGAGUAUUAGUGAGCGGCGCAUCGAGAGGCUGUGUAAUCCCUCACUCAGUAAUCUCCCUGCCUUCCUGGUGAAAGAAGGAGGAUUAAACACAGGCUUCAUGGUGGUCCACUGCACUGCUGCUGCCCUGGUGUCUGAGAAUAAGGUGCUGUGCCACCCGGCCUCUGUGGACUCUCUGUCCACCAGUGCAGCUACAGAGGACCAUGUGUCUAUGGGGGGCUGGGCAGCCAGAAAGGCCCUGAAGGUGGUCGAGCAUGUGGAGCAAGUCCUUGCCAUAGAGUUACUCGCUGCCUGCCAGGCUCUGGAGUUCCACCGGCCUUUAAAGACCACAGCACCUCUGGAGAAGGUCUACGAACUGCUACGCUCUGCAGUCAGGCCCUGGGACAAAGAUCGUGUUAUGAGCUCUGAUAUUGAAGCUGCUCACAAACUCCUCCUAGGGGAGAAGGUGUGGGAGGCAGUGCUACCAUAUAUGGAGCAGUAUAAGAGGAGUGACCACCAUCGUCUCUAAUCUUCUGAUCUCUCAUCUGAAUUCUGUUAUAAAAGAGAGUAAAAUAUAGCUUGGAACUAUACAACAAAUUUGUUGAGUCUUUAUAAUUAAAAUCAUUUUUAACUGGAUUUUCUUUAGAUUAUUAGUUUCUAGCCCUAUAGGGAUGUUGUAAACCCCUGUGAACUAUUGCCACCUUUCAUAAAGCGGAGCAAAUGGGACUACAUUUUUAAAUGUAUUUUGUGUUUUAAUAAAUUUUAAAUCUGUUAGUAAUUUUAGUAGUAUUGUUAAGUAGGAAAAGUAAUUUAAAAAAAAUAAAAUUAAAAAAUAAAAAUGAAAAUAAUUGUUUAUUUUACAUAACCAUAUUUUCUACUAAUAGCAGAACUGACUGUAUUUAUUACUCAUUAUGUAAUAAAAUCACUGCAUCUCCUUAAGCAUUUCCAUACAUGUCCAUACAGACAUCCACUUUGGAUUAUACCUUAAAAGUUUUCAGUAUUUCAGUAUUCAAACCCCAGUCCUAUCAUUAUAUUGUAUUAUGACUAGUACUAGUUUAUUAUAUUAUUUAAAAAUAAAAAAAUCUAUUAAUCUAUAUUUAAUUUACCUCUGCAGUACAAGUCUCGGUAACAUCCAACUUAGUGAAUUUUAAAUGAGUAUAUUAUUAAAUCUGGGAAUUGUGCAGGAUUUUUAUUUUUCAUGGAAGAAGUAUUGUAAUUAUCUUGUACACCCCUAUUUAAAAUCUUUUUGGCUUAUAUUCAUUUCAUUUCUCAGAAAACUCAAAUGAAAUAUAUUACUAUUGUAAUUAUUAAUUAAAAUGCGUGAGACACUU